UUCUCAGCGAACAUGCGAGUGCAAAGCCAGGUUCCUGCAAGCAAAUCAACCAUCAUCGCUCAAGAUCAUGGCAUCUUCCUACAUGUUCACGUUUGCACUUGUACUUUUAGUUGAGUUGACUACUCACUCAUCAAUGGCUCUGCCCAAGGUUAAGAUGGAUGAAGAUCGUACAGACCAAGAUAGAGUGGUGUCGAUAGCAGGAGAAGAUGAUAUAAGUGAAAUAGGACCUGGGCAGCUCACCUUCAGAAGACACCCCAUCAUAGAAGGCAGACUGGUAGAUGAAGACGGGACAAAACGCAUCUUCAUACUUGCCGACACUGGAAUAAAAGGGUCUCCUGGGAGGGAAGCAAACCUUUCCUUUUCGAGAAACUUCCCUGUACUGUCGUCACGUGGGACGGAUCAUGCUUUGGAUGGAUUCAACAUGAGGGAUGAGCGACGCAGUGUGGAUGAUGUCAUUCCUGUGGGCAGGAGGGACAUAGACAUGCUGAGGUGCAUGAUAGGGAGAGUAUACAGGCCCUGCUGGCAAGCUUGAAAGCAGAGCAGCUGACAAAGCACCUGCAUGAUUUUCCCAGCUCUCCCUUGAUCCUUCAAGAUACUCUAAAUAUAAAGAGGACAAACAUACUUGUGUGAUUUAAAAACAACUGAAAUAAAAGUUUAUUAAAAUCUGCAAA